GCGGCAGCACGUUGCGCUGGGGGAUCUAACACGCGGCUCCGGUCGCGCUGCCAGAAUUCAGUGUGCACCGCAUCUUUCUCUCUCUCUCUCUCUCUCUCUCUCUUUCUGUCCUCCUGUUUCUCUCGCUCUCUUUCUCUGUCCGUCUAUUUGUCGUCUUUCUCUCUCGCUUCCGUUCUCCACCGCCGUCGCCGCCCGGCCACCCCCUUCCGCCCUCUUCAACUUUCUCGAGGGUUCGCGGUGGGACCCGCCCACCCGCGCGCGAGUGACUUUCCCCUUCCCCCUUCGACGGCGAUCUCACCCUUUCUGCCUAUACCCUCCCCCUACUGCAUCGCGCAGGGAAAACAGCGUCGCGACGCGUGCAGUUGCGUCCGCCGAAGUCCGCCUGAAACCGGGAGCGCUUUCCUCGGAACCAGCGAGCCAGCGGACAGGAUCGCGACGGAAAAAGGUGGUUCGCCAUUUAUCUUUUUCUUUACUGUCUACGGCGCGCCGUGUGUCUUUCUUUCCCUGCUGAUCCGACGUCGCGCGCGUCAGGCAAACCAGCGAGACCGGUCUCGUCUCGUUAUGGGGGUGGACCUGCCCUACGGAGACGCCCGGCGCGGUUAGUUCCAGGUGGAACCGAGCGGGCUCACGAAGGCGCCAGGUACCGCGCCACACCGGCUUAGCUCGCAAGUGACGUUGCGCGUGUUUUGUUUGGAAACAGUCGGCGCCCCGAAGACGUGUUCACCGAUCACCGGUGGCUGCGAGCGACAACGGUGGAGCUCGGCUCGUUCUCGUCGGGCCGGGUGAGUCGGCACGGCGGGGACGGACGGUCCGCCGCGGCAGUGUGACUCCGGCCGUGACAGUGAGGGUUGUGCUGCGUCGCCGGUGUGAUAUCCCAGUGCGGACGAUCCGCGGCGAUCGGUCCGAUUGUGUGACUGCGUCGCUGGCGAUCGCGGCGAUCUAUGCUGGCCGCCCUCGACGCGAGUGUCGUGUUGAUCCUCCGCCGUAUCGACGAGGAUCUCGUGGAUCCCGUGGGAGAGAUCCUCCCCGAGUGGUGCGCAGUGACGUUGGUACCGUUUGAGGAUUUUGAGUGAUCAGUUAUGGCCGUGACGAGGACCACGUUCCGAUCGGACGGCGGUGAUGAAGGCAGAGCCUCACGGAGGUGCAAUUCCUCUCGAGUCGGGGUGCGUGUCAUUGCUCGUCGAAGAAUGAGGGGACCGUCGAGUGUCGAAGGGGGGUCAGUCGCCACGAAACGCGAUGGUUCCAGCAAGUUUCUUCUGGUCGGCGUGUUCUUUGCUAUACAAUUCAUCAGCGUGGUGACGAUAUCCAGCAAGGGUAGCGACAUCAAAGUGGAGUUUACGGUGCCGAAGGAGGCCGAGGUGGGUUCCUCGGUCGACCUGAUGUGUGAGUGGCGACUGUUCGGACAGAACGUGCUCUACUCGGUUAAAUGGUACAAGGACGAGCACGAGUUCUUCCGAUACGUGCCGGACAGCUAUCCGAAGAUACUGAUGUUUUCCCAGCCCGGAGUAAAUGUCGAGAAUAAAUCGAACGAGAACUCGAUAAAGCUGAGCAACCUCGGCCUGGAGAGUUCGGGCCAAUACAAGUGCGAGGUCUCCACCGAGGCGCCGUCCUUCGCCACCACUUACCAGACGGCCAAUCUGACGGUGAUUCUGCUUCCGGAGAGGGGACCGGAAAUCACGGGCCUGUCCUCGCACUACGCCGUCGGCGAGAACGUGACUGCCAACUGCACUGCCUGGCCGUCCGUGCCUAAGGCCAAUCUUCGUUGGACCAUCAACGACGAACCGGUGCUGCAGGAGAACACUAUCCAGCUCCCGCCGUUGGCGCCUUUCAACACCGGCGGCAUCCCGAACAGCCUCGGGCUGCGGUUGGAGGCUGAACCGCGGCACUUCGAGGGCGGCGGCGGCGGCGGCGGCGGUUUCGUGAAAAUCAAGUGCACCGCAGAGGUGGGCUCGCGAGUGUUUCAAGCCCAGCGCAAGGUGCUGAUGGCGUACCUGAACAACCAGAGGCUCAGCGCCGGCGAUCACCUGCACGCGGCCGCGCGCAGCGUCCGCGCGGGCCUGCUCGUCCCGUUCACGGUCUUCGCGCUGGUCCUCCUCACGACGUGACCAACUGGUCUCGCGUGAGUCAGCCACCUCGGGAAUAACGUUCUAGCGCGCGUUCGCGGGUCCGCGCGGCGGGUUCAGUGUCAGUUGUCCGAUCCUUACCUAUAAAGAGUUAGGCUUAGCGAUUAAGCGACGGCAGCCGGGCGCGGCGAUCGCACGACCGAUCGCCGAGCUCACGUCGGAGAGAGUCGCGACCACAGAUAUCUAUGAAGAUCGUGAACCUCCGUUACAUACCUCCCUAGAUUCAGUGUACUCAAAAGCUAUGUACUUAAAUAAUUAGCGGCGGACUUAGUAAUCGAUCGGAAUGUAGUUACCCUACAAAUUGAAGGAUUUUUCGUUUAUGAGGUGACUGAGUUCAAAUGUGUGUGCGCUGUCGAUGUGUAUACAUAUGAAGUGUGUACGCACACUUGUACGAAUUGUAUAUUAUACACUGGGAUAUCUGGGAGUUAAGGUUCUCGGUAUAGUAUAUAAAUGUCUGUGGCCGUAACUGGAGCUCGCUCUCGCGGCCCGAUCGCGCUUUCGUGUCCAGCAACGAUACACACCGCCGUUUGUUACGAUAAUUUUCGUAUGAUUGUUGGAUAGAAGGAUUGUUGGAGUUGAAGAUCUCGUUGGGGGACGAGACGAUUGUAUGGUGGCGUGAUAAGGAUGAGAAUUUGUGUUAAUUGCGUUGGAGAGAUGGCAUUAAUUAAAUUUAAUUAAUUUCAGAGUACUGUCGUGGAUUAAUUGGUCACUUUAAUUUGUCGUUACGUCAAUUAUUGAGUUUGUGUCUUGCACGUCGAUUCCUGCAUGAAGAGUCUCUCUCAUAAAAGGUUACAUUCGGGAUCGAUACACAGCGCGCUAGUAAUUUUGUAGACAGGAAGUAGUCGGACGAGCGCGCGCUUCCCCGCAUAUUUUAAGCGACUUUAUAGAUCAGUAUUCCUCGUUCGGCGGAUACUUAGUCGAAAGUUUUCCCGUAAUUUUCGCGGCGGCGGCGCGGCUCUCACUUCGAUUUCUCCUUAUCAUAUUUAACUCCCGAUCCUUUUAACGAGUUCGGAGGACUCUUUAAAGUUCUCAUCGAUUGCGGCUCGCAGUCGUCAUUAACUUCUCAUUCAAGUUUUAAGAUUUUACUGCUAAUAGCAAAUGUCACAAGCCAGAUAGCAGAUAACGCGAGCACGAAGUUGUCGUGUAACAAUUGCGACAUCUCGACGUUUAUCUCAAGCUUCAAUUAAAAAAAUAUCAAUUCGUUUCUAUGAAAGAUGCUAGCCGUGAGUCAAACUGUUCGUUUGAGUACCAAGAUUAAUUCCGAGUAUCAAAUUGUGGUGUUGAUUGAACUAAAGUUCCUCAAGUCAGGGUUAGGACGUCGGCCAUUUAUUGGAAGGAAGUGAGUGAGUGAGAGAGAAGCCUGCAGUGUGCUUUGUCAUUUCAAUAUUAGAACUUCUUUCUUAGGUUUGGAGAGUUUCUCUCUCAUUUUCAUUUACGUUACUUUUAAAAAUGGCGGAUAGAAUGCAGACCAAUCAGAAAUCAUUAUGCUUUGUGCUAACUCCACAGGUUUCUUGUUUGUUUUAUUUGUUAUUUUAAAUUUCGUCAACUUGGAUAAGUCGAAUAAAGUGAUUCGCGUGAAUUUCUUAGCAAUACAAGUUUGGAAAUCCGCACUUGAUUCGCGUUCUAUUGUCUCCUCGUGUCCACUCUGCUUUAUAUCCCGACAAUUACAGCCGUAGAAUUUAGACCGAACUAACUGUACUUUAUACGGCAUGCAGCGUCGUACAGCAGGGAUAUAAAUUCCGGUACAACGCGUGCAAAUUCCGUUUUAUGGCACGCGUGAGAUUAACUACCGAAACGCAUAUAAGUUGCCGUGGCCGCUGUCGCGCGAAACAUGCCUGCGAAUUACGCAUAAAUCGAUAAAUGGAUUUAUCGUGCUGUCGUCCCGACAAAGCAAAAUUAAUAUUUCGGAUACCGCGCAUUGCAAAAUACGAUCGCAAUCACGUUGGCUGCAAUUACGAAUAACAAUUUUAUCGAAUGAGCGAGAGAGACUACCUUUACAGGAUCGCGUAUAUACAGUGUCCCAGACCACUAUGAUCACUUUGUGAGAACGUAGAACGAAUUAAGAUGAGCAAGAAA